AUGUUGCUGCUCGAUUACCAGAAUGUGCUGAUACAAACGGUGCUCACGGAGCGUUUCUCCGGAGCACCCCCCGUGUCCAUCGACCAGACCGUGUCCGACUUUGACGGCGUCAUCUUCCACAUCUCCACCCCCGACACCAAGACGAAGAUUGUUGUGUCUAUGCAAAUCCGCUGCUACAAGGACCUUGUUCGUUACGGCGCUGAGGAGCUCCUGGCUGAGGAAUAUGGCCCGUAUGUUAUCCCGCCCGAGCCAGGUUAUGACUUUUCCCUCCAGAUCGACCUCGAGAAUCUCCCAGAGGACAAGGAAGCCCGCGAUGCGUUGAUCAUGAAGAUUGCUCUGUUGAAGCGCAAUGCCAUGGCUGCCCCUUUUAAGCAGGCGUACGAGGAGCACUACCACCUGAAGGCCGAGGCCGCCAAGUUCACAUCCGAAGAAGCGCCACAGGGUGUCAAGGAGGGCGGGUCCGUGAAGGCUAUUCAGUACCGUGAGGAGGAGGCGAUCUAUGUCAAGGCCAGUCAUGAUCGCGUCACUGUUAUUUUCAGUACCGUGUUCAGGGAGGAGACGGAUCGCGUGUUUGGAAAGGUGUUCAUCCAGGAGUUUGUGGAUGCCCGCCGGAGAGCUAUUCAGAACGCGCCUCAGGUGCUGUUCAGGAAUGAUCCACCAUUGGAGUUGCAGGGUGUGCCGGGUGUGAAGAAUACCGGCACCGGGGAGAUUGGUUAUGUUACUUUUGUUUUGUUCCCUCGCCACUUGACCCCUCAGCGUAUGAAUGAUGUUAUUUCACAUAUUCAGACCUUCCGCGAUUACUUCCACUACCAUAUCAAGGCCUCCAAGGCUUAUAUCCACACUCGGAUGAGAAGGCGGACGGCAGACUUCCUCCAGGUCCUCCGGAGAGCGAGACCAGAGAACGAAGAAAAGGAGCGCAAGACAGCGAGCGGGAGAACCUUCAAGGCUGGAAACUAG